AGGGCCCAGCGGCCAGGAGGCGGGGUCUGCCGCGCGCGAGCUGCCGGCACUGCUCCGGGGCAGGGGCGCCGCGUGGGGCGGCACGGCUGGCAACCGCUGCGCCGCUACCUACUGUCGGGUCGCGCCGAGGAGCGGGUGGCUGAAGCCAUACCAUUUUAUAGACUUAAUGGAGAGCAGACAAGACAUCACAAACCAAGAAGAACUUUGGAAAAUGAAACCUGGGAGAAAUCUUGAAGAAGAUGAUUAUUUGAAUAAUGACUCAGGAGAGACCGGCGUACUGAAAAGACCUAUGCCUUUGCACUUGCAUCAAACAACCCAUUUUGAUGAAUUUGAUUGUCCCCCAGAGCUUCAACACAAACAGGAACUCUUUCCAAAGUGGCACUUGCCCAUUAAAAUCGCUGCUAUCAUAUCGUCUCUGACUUUUCUUUACACUCUUCUGAGGGACAUAAUUCACCCUUUUGUAACUUCCCAUCAACAGUAUUUUUAUAAAAUUCCAAUCCUGGUCAUCAACAAAGUCUUGCCAGUGGUUUCCAUCACCCUCUUGGCCCUGGCUUAUUUGCCAGGUGUGAUAGCAGCGUUUGUACAGCUUCAUAAUGGAACCAAGUACAAGAAAUUUCCACACUGGUUGCAUAGGUGGAUGUUAACAAGAAAACAAUUUGGGCUUCUUAGUUUCUUCUUUGCUGUACUACAUGCAAUUUAUAGCUUAUCCUACCCAAUGAGGCGAUCCUACAGAUACAAGGUGCUAAACUGGGCAUAUCAACAGGUCCAACAAAAUAAAGCAGAUGCCUGGAUUGAGCAUGAUGUUUGGAGAAUGGAAAUUUAUGUGUCUCUGGGAAUUGUGGCACUUGGAAUACUGGCUCUGUUAGCCGUGACAUCUAUUCCUUCUGUGAGCGACUCUUUGACGUGGAGAGAAUUUCACUAUAUUCAGAGCAAUCUAGGAAUUGUUUCUCUUCUACUGGGCACAAUACACGCAUUGAUUUUUGCCUGGAAUAAAUGGGUAGAUAUAAAACAAUUUGUAUGGUAUACACCUCCAACAUUUAUGAUAGCUGUUUUCCUUCCGAUUAUUGUCCUGAUAUGUAAGACUGUACUGUUUCUGCCAUGCUUGCGGAAAAAGAUACUGAAGAUUAGACACGGUUGGGAGGAUGUCACCAAAAUUAAAACUGAGCUAUCUUUCCAAUUGUAGAAUUACUGUUCACAUACAUUAUUGUUCAAUAUUAAUGUAUUUUACCAUAAACAUUUCACAUUUGUAUUUGUUUAAUAAAUGACCAUUUGGGCAUCUUAA